AUGGUGUUCAAGUUCACCUACCUGUGCGAUUUGCUCUCAGAAUUGGAGCGUAGUAGAGUCUUAAAGGCUUCUACUGCGUCAAAAAUCUCGAAUCCUGAUGAUCGUGCCGUGACCCGAUGGUUUGCCCAACAUGGCAAACGGAUUCAUGCUUCCGACACGGAUCGACUAGCUCUUUUGUCAUGCAUGUUUCCAGAGAAACGAACAGACAGAGUCUACUGGCUACAGUGCACCAAUCUUGCAAGGGUCAUAGGCCGUUGUCUUUUGCUAGGUGCUGAUCGACGCCAGGAGCUCGAGCGAUGGCGCGUCGCGGGAGGUACCGACUUGGGGCAAUGUGUAGAAAAUGUCAUGGGACAAGCGGAAUUCGACAUCAUUAGCGGACAAGAGGUGACUGUCGAAGAGAUAGACUUGGCAUUGAACAAGAUUGCUUCGCGAUGCAGGUUCUCCGGUUCUCGAGUGCGAAGGCAGCAUAGCGCGGUUGAUGUCGAGGAUACACUGAGACCAUUAUAUCGGCGCAUGAGCAGUAGAGACGCAAAAUGGCUUACUCGAAUGAUACUAAAGAGUUAUCAUCCGGUCGUGUUACCGGCCAAGCUCACGAUGAAAAGGUUUCAUUUCCUGCUUCCGCAUUUACUGCUUUUCCAGGAUUCUUUUGAUUCUGCUCUAAAAAUGCUUGCUUCCGAACCUCUUAGCCACUACCCACCGAAUCCAAUUCCGGAGCUCGCAAAAGAUCUGUAUAUGCAGGUCUUACAGCAUCUCAAACCUGGGAUUGGGACCAAGAUAGGGCGUCCCGAGUACUAUAAGGCGCGAAGUAUCAAACAUUGCUGCCAAAUGAUCGGCCGUCGUCGAAUGAGUGUAGAAAGGAAGUAUGAUGGGGAAUACUGCCAGAUACACAUUGACCUCACGAAGCGCCCCAAUCCCAUCCAAAUUUUCUCCAAAAGUGGCAAGGAUUCUACCGACGACAGGGCGGGAGUCCACUCUGCGAUCAAGGACUCUCUGAACAUCGGUACGCCCGAAUGCAAAUUCUCUCGCCAGUGCAUCCUCGAGGGCGAGAUACUCGUCUGGAGCGAUAAUCACGGCAAGAUCGCAGAUUUUCAUAAGUUGCGCAAAUUCAUUGCUCGCUCAGGCACCUAUAUUGGAAUAGGCAAUGAUUCCCCACCGCAACCUUAUGAGCAUUUAAUGAUUGUGUUCUUCGACAUUCUUCUUCUCGAUGACGACAUCUGCCUUAGAAAACCACAUCGUGAGCGACGGCUGCUUCUAAAGGAUGUCGUAAAAGUAACAGAUGGAUAUGCGGACAUUGCAGAGCAACACAUCGUCGAAUUCUCCCGUCCUGACGGUCGAUCGCGUCUCGAAACAAUAUUCUCGAAGGCCGUUACAGAAAGGUGGGAAGGACUCGUCCUCAAAGGUUGUGAAGAUCCCUACUUUUCCGUAUUUCCUGGUUCGGAGAACGGCUCCGCUGGUCGCUGGAUCAAGCUUAAGAAGGACUAUAUACCAGGGUUGGGUGACACCGUGGACUUGGCAUUGAUCGGCGCGAAAUAUGACUCUCGUGAUGCUGCUGCGUUGAGUUUAUCCACGAAGAUAUUUUGGACACACUUUUUCAUUGGCUGUCUGGUCAACAAAGACGCGGUCCUACAGUCCGCAGCUGAGCCAAGGUUUCAAGUUAUGGAUGUGAUUGACCGUCACUCCAUGAGCCUGAAAAAUAUGCAAAUUCUCAAUCAGUUUGGGCAGUUUGGUGCUUGCAGUCUGGAUUCAGGCCAUGGCUUUUGGAUAGAAUUUGGAAAGGAUAGUCUCUCCGACAUGAAUACCGUGUUCAAGAAACCAUUCGUCGUUGAGAUGUUGGGAGGAGGAUUCGAGAAGCCAUCAGGUGCCAGAUACUUUACACUUCGAUUUCCUCGAAUUCAAAAGAUUUUCCUGGACAGGUCAUUCGAAGAGGCAGCCUCGUACCAAGAGCUCCAAUUAUUAGCUGAAGAAGCUCGGAUGGUACCAGCAGAAGACUUACACCAAGAGGAAGAGUGGAGAAGACAGCUUCAGCAAGGACAGGUAUCAUCGCACUAUAUCGUGACCAAGUCACAGACGACGUCCACUGGGACAAGCUCGUGUCCGAUGGCAUCAUCUAGUCCGAGCAAGGGACCGUCAUUCGAAGUUAUCGCCACGACGGUUAUCAGAACCCAAGUGCCACAUCCGUCGAGUGACUCCAUCCAGCAAUCGAAUCGCGUUAAUGGGGAGCGUGCACCAGCAGAUCCCAUUCCCAUUUUCGUGGAUGAUUCUACGACAUCAGCAUCGUCACCUGACCCAUCCGAGCCGCCUCGAAAGCUUCUGAGAAACAACGACAACCUAUCGUCCAUUCAAAGAAGUAGUAAAAGACAAAACCAGGAGUCCUCCUCCGGACCGUCCAAAGGUAACAGUGCUGGUUACGGCGAGGAGAAUGAAACCAUCCUUCCAUCGAAUGCCUCAAAUGAGUUGGGAGCCUGCAUAACUUUACCUUUGCAACCGAGAAAGCGUCGAAAGCUCACCGAGAAUGAUACCGCCACUGUCACUCCCAUCGUUCCUAGCUCUUGGAGCGAUCAACAAUCAUGCAUCGAGUCACCGCUGGCAAUUAUUCCAUUGUACUUCCGUCAGGACCUGGUUCAUGAUGACUCUGCCAACAGCUUAAUCCCUUCCAACUCGUCCAAUCUCGCCAAGGAUUUCCAGGACUUCGUACAGAAAGUAUGCUCAAACAGACAAUAUCCUCAUACCAAGAGCCUCAAUUCAAGCACGGUACACCAUGACCUUGCCCUGGGCAUGUAUAUAGCAACAAUACCGCAAGGCUCGCUCGGAAACCUUCUUCUCGAACUGAGCCAACAGAUCUCAGCAGCACUCAAAUCGAACGGACAUAAAUCUCCGCGAAACGGCAAGAUUUUCAUCCUUGAUGCCAAAUUCCUCACUCUCAAGGCAAGACUAGACGACCCCAGAUUUCUCCUUCGCACGACAUGGGAGAGUAUUGGGAGAGAAUACUUCUAUGCCUGCGUAUCGUGGAGCUCAGAGACAGGCGCUGAGUACUCGGAUGAUGGUGUUUGCGUUUCAGAGAUACCCGGGACCCCAGUGGAUGGUGGUGGUCAUCAGUUACGUCUUCGGGAGUUGAUUAGAGCACAGAGUGCUGCGAGAGCGCCUCGUAUUUCUAUAACGUUUGACAGCCGCGAAUUGGGGGUUCUGGGAGAUUAG